AUAGAGGUCAUGUCUUUCGCACAACGGACAACAAGAUGGGCACGGGGACUUUUUCCACGGUGGAAAGGGUACAAUGUUCGCUGGAAAGAGGUCUUGGGUCCCUCGCAAGAUCGAAUGUUGCUGCCCUGGGGGUUCAUGGGCGAGGAAGACGUGCAAGGAAGAGUUGCGUCGCGCAUCCGGUGGCUGUCCGAAAAGCAACCCACAGUGAUUCCACAACAUGAGCACAUGCCUGGAGACCUCACGACAAGCGAAAUCGCGAAUGAGCUUUCUGCCUCCUUGGCAGAAGAUAUGUCGCACGGUGCUCAGCAGGCAUACAGAAGAAUCGUCAGCUAUUUCUUGGCCGUUCCCGGCUCGGGAGAGCAGGCAGGAAAAUAUGGAGACUUCACGAAUUCCAAUUAUUGUACCCCUGAUUUAUCGUGUUUUUUGGAGGACAUAAAGCGUUCGUACACCGAGUGGGGGGUGAAGCCUUGCCUGCACGUGGAGUCAGUCCGGGCCAAGUUGCGAUGCUUGCGCGUGGAGGAAGGCUUGUUGAGCAAAAAUACUUACGCCUUGUUUGGGACAAUGGGCCGAUAUGAGGCAUUGACACACAUAUGGGAGGGUGUGAUAGGACCGGAGGGGCGUUUGCUGCAGGAACUGGAGGGGAACGUGCCCAGGCGCUUGGUCGCCGAGGUGGAGCUGUCGGUGGAAGAGUCGUUCUGGUUCCAGAGCCGGCCGGCCACAGCGUGGCCCAGAGUAGGAAAUAAUGCAGAGCAAGAUCUUGAGCAAGGUCUUACGGGAGGGAAACAGGGGGAAAUGAAAAAGCGGACGCACUAUUUCACUUUCGAAAGCGACUACUUCGGCGACGAGGGGCAGUUGGAGUGGGUCGUUAGCAAUAUCAACGACGUGAUUGCCUCUCCUUCCCUCUCUCGGGCCCUGAUCCAGUAAUGAGAAACUCAAGGGUGGAAGCCAAGCCGCCGAGUCAAUAGUGUUGACAUUUCUGGGUGGGACAGCGCCGAGGAAGGGUAGGACAGACGGAAGGUGGAAAGGCGGACACUAGAGGGAGGUCUCAACGAGGCUGGGGUACGCGGAACACAGGCAGUGGAAUUGCUGUGCAGUGGAUCAUACACGUAUGUGAAUGCGAGAGGAUUGACACGAUGCGGCGUCCGUGAGAUAGAGUAGAUUAGGAUAAUACAAAGGGCAGGCUGCGGGAUUGCAAAUUUGUAAGUAGAGCAUGGGCACAUGGAUGUGCGCCUUAAAGUCAAACGCUUUCUAAGUGUAUGUGAGUACGGACAAUCAGUAUCAGUCAUAAUAUGAUCAAAUAAGCAUCUGCUAGUCCCGGAA